AUGAUUUUAGCAUCCAACUCAUGCGGAGAGAACCGCUCAGCGGAAUGUACGACCAACACACACGGGGCCACUGACACCGAUAGGCUUAAGGACCACCUAGCUAACGGCGACGACCUAGACUCUCAGACGGAAAUCGAUGCCGUCCGGACAGGGUACAGGAGGCGGAGACCAGAUCCGGCUGACAACCCAAAGGCAAACUCACUGAAGAGGAGCGCAAGUGGCUACAGAAGUUCGGUAUCUGCUUUAAAUGCCGGGCCGGCAAACAUUGGGCGAAGAACUGCCCUGAAGCGAGGCCUAGCUAACUAUUGCCAAAGUGACUGUUCAACAGUAUUAAUAGCCACUGAAAAAACAGCCAAAUACAGUAGAAAACCUCAAAGUCAAAAACCACCUCUGGUUGGGCAUCGGAGAGAGAUCACUGUGUUGGUGGGCAACAAACCAACCACCAUGCUGUCAGAUACGGGAGCAGGAACGUCAUUGAUAGCCGCACAUCGUGCACAAGCGCUUAACCUGAAGACAUACAAGACAAGACCCAUAGCAAUCAAAGGAGCCACCUCAGACAAUAGCGCGCGAUGUACGGAAGCCACUAUCCUCGAAUUUAAGUACCAGAACCAGCAGUUUGAAAUACCAGUCUACGUCACGACUGCCAUAAAUCCCGAUAUUAUCAUCGGAAACCCGGUACUAGAAACGAACCCCCGCCUAGGGCAGACCCUAGAUAGAAGCUCGAUUAACCUAGCCACACCAGAAACAGAGCCAGACUGGCCCAUCGGCCUCAUCCUCACCAAUGAGGACCGCCAGGUCCGGCGAUUCCACAAGAAACAAAAUCGCACUUUAAGUGGAUACAUUGUACAAGUUCAAGCAAUAGAGUGCUGCGAUGCCACCGACACCCCAGACCCCAGCACUUUCUCACGCCUACCUCAAUACCUUCAGGAGAAAUUCAGGCAAACAGUCAGAAAUGACCUACCUAGAUCAGCACUGGACAAAAAAGAGAUCUUUCAUGAGAUCGAGACCAAACCCAAUGCUAGGAUGCCACGAAUACCUCCACACAGAAGGUCACCAAAAGAGGAGGGAGAGAUUGUGAAAAUAGUAGAUGAAUUGCUUGAAAAAGGAUUUAUCGGACCCUCUAAGAGCCCAUUUAGCUCCCCAGUGGUGCUAGUCAAGAGUUCCUGCAGUUUAAAUCAAGAAUGCAUUUUAUAG